GGCAGUAAAAAGCAAGAGUUAAUGCUUUGAAAAAAACCAACCAACCAGUGUAAAAGAGAACGCGAAACAGUUCGUAAAGUGCGCGAAGAAAAGCCGCAGAUUGCAUUGACGUACAAGACGCAGAUCUCGUAGUUUGGCCGCGCUUGAUCUAGGCAAAGGAAACACCGGAACCAAUCUACGACCUGGAAGAUUGCAAUCUGAAAGAUGUCCCACCGGGCGUUUUUGUCAUGUGCAAGGUGCUGCGGAAGGAGGUCCUCAUCUUGGCCAACAACAAACUGUCCACCCUGGCCGGCGGUGGAUCACUGCAAGACUUAGCUUUACUGCAAUCCUUAAAUCUGUCGUACAAUCGUUUCAAGAAGCUGCCGGAAGAUAUACACCAACUAGUAAAUCUCAGGGAACUAUUUUUAUCCAACAAUGCCUUGGAAAAGCUGCCGGCUACGAUUGGGCGGCUGAAAAAGCUAGAACUGCUGAUACUUUCAGCGAACAAUCUGUCGACCGUAGAGCAGAUAGCGUUCAUGACCAAUCUGAGGGUGCUGGAUAUUAGUGGCAAUGUGCGUCUUUCUCAGCUGCCCAACCAGCUGGCAACGUGUGAUAAUCUUGUAGACAUAGUGCUGGACUCGGGGCACAUAGAAAACCCUCCGGCGGCCGUGAUUGCCGGUGGGACGUACGCUAUUCUGAAGUAUCUUUCUACGGGUGAAAUUCGCCCACCGGAACAGUCUAAUGCGUUGGAUGUUGCUGUGGCUACCACCUCGGCGUUCAUCAGUGGCGAACGUAGCGAAAAGCGCCAACAGGAACUGGGUCGUGAGCGGUACGAAAAAGAGCGCAAGCUACUCGAACGUGAACGGUUGGCGUUCGAGAAGGACAUACUGACGGAGAGCAAGUUGCACGAGCAGCAGCAGAAGCGGAAACAAAUGCUGCUGUUGCAGUUGCUGGAGCAGCAGAACCAAAGUGAAUCGCAGGUGCACAAAUUGCAGCAAGAGAAACAAACCGAACGGGAGCGACUGAUCGACAACAUUCUCAAAGAUGAGCAAAAAUCGAACGAAUUAGUUAGCAACUUACUAGAGCUGAAGAACGGUCCCGAUCCCGCCUUCCUCGAGCAGGAACGGGAAGAGCAGCAGCGUCUGCUCGAUCACUUGCGGACCCAACAGAACGAUCUUCGCAAGCAAGAAAUUCUCGGUGCCAUGACCAGUCUGCUUGAGAACGAAAUCAACAUUAUUCAGAACUUUCAUAAUCAACGGGAUCAAUCAUCGCGCAACAUACUGGAGCGCGAGUACGAGACGAACAAUCUGCUGAACAAUGUGUUUCUGAACUACGACCGGAAUCGGCAGGACGUCAUCGACCAAAUAACAUGCAACGAGGAUAUACAGAAAAGCGCGGUUGCUGCCCUGAUCGCCCGCAAUGACUCACGCACCUGGGGUUUAGUGGAGCAGGUGCGAAUAGUAGAAUCGCAGUUAGCCGCCUUGACGCUGUACGAGAUCGAACGAAAGAAGAACAAUCAGGAUGAUCAAAUUAUAAAUUUGACUGACCAUCGUGUCAAUUUAACUUACGUUCUUACGGAUUUGCUCAAACAACAGGACCAAAGAAAGCAGCAGCUCUUGGAUACACUCAAGAUCAUUGAAAAACAGAAGGAAAGCGAACAGACCGACUUCUGGCUGCUGCAGUACCAAAAACUCCUCGAUCGGCAACCGACGGAGCUUUCCAACGAUACCGCUUCAAUCGAUCCCGUGCUUGGGUAUCAGUUCUUGGUCAAUGGCGUAGUACACUGUUUGCCAUUCUUGUCGAAAAUUUGGCAAAACAAGGACAAAGAAUUGUGCACCGUGUCCGAUCAGGACCUGGUGGACGCUGGCGUACAGAGUUCCACCGACCGGCGGGGAAUUCUGUUGUCCAUUGCCAACUACUACGACUAUCUGAAUUGCAAAAUUGACUAUCCGGAAUGUGAGGAGUCGGUUGUGGGGACACCGAUGGCUACCGCUCCGUCGACCACCAACACGCCAGAUGAUCCGGUCAGUGCAAAUACUCCACAGUCGCCGUCCAUCGUCGGAGGACGAUCAGCUGAGGAACCGAUUAGUCCGAUGGGUGGUGGUGGUGUGACACAGUUCGCGGAAUGUGUCAUCUGCAUGGAGCAAACGGUACAAGUGAUAUUCCUGCCAUGUGGACACAUGUGCUGCUGUUCGGGAUGUCACGUGGAAAUCCACGACUGUCCAAUGUGCCGUGCGUACAUCGAAAGAAAGAUUAAAGUCAUACAGCCUUAAGACCGGCCGAUGGCUGCCGUCGUCUUAGACUUAGUAAGCAAUAGUCGCAGGAAAGGCGCUCCCCAGUGUUAUUUGCUAACAUUCGUUUAAUUUUAGGAUAAAUGCAUACUACACACCAAUUACUAACCGGAAGAUGCGCGAGUUUACUGUCCUUUUAUAAAUGGAUACGGGUGGAGCAUUUAACAUAAUACUCUAUGUCCUUGAAAAAUUCGUUUUAAACAUUACAUGUACCCUUGAAGUUGUUUAAAGGAUAAUUAUUGAGUCGAUUUUACAGAAUUUCUACUAGUCAUUAACCCUGGGGAUGAUGUUUAUAUCUUUUACCUAUGCAAUCCUCUCCAUUGCAUGUUGCAUGCAUAUGGAAAAAAAUCUCCUUUCGAUCAAGUUUCUUAUCUAAUCCUUCAUGUACGCCAAAGCAUACACGAUGUAUCUACUUUUAACGGCCCAAAUGGUGCAGCACCGAUCGGUAUCAACGAAAAUAAUACACAAUCCAAUGCUUUUACGAUCAUGCAAAACACAAUUACUCGACGUACCGAGUUUCAAGAUACUUUUGGCUUCGAGCAGCAAAAACCUACCGUAGAUAAUGCAAGUCCAACUAAAACAAAUUAAAAUAUCAUUACUAGUAUUCUGUAAGGGGGAAAAAACACCAACCAUUUACCAAUUAAGCCAUAAUUACAUACUUUAUUCAUGUCGUUGGAAGUUUGCGAACCAUAAUGGAAACGUUUAUAAUUUUAUCUUCCUCGUUUUGUUCGCGACCCGCGGCUUUUGGUUAAGUUUGUUAAAUAAUAUCGAAAUGUUAAUUACUGCAAGUAGAAAAGACACACCUUUAUAUAGAUAUAUAGAUAUAUACUACUCCAACAUCUUGCGUAUCGGGCACCGGGACGCUUGUUAUCACUUGUUCACGGUUCUGCUGCAUAUAAAAUAUGAAUAAUAGACAACAGAAACGCAUAAAAAUCAGCUCUAGCACAUUUAACGGAUUGCCGACUCUGUGCAAUCUAUGGCGGAUUUGAUUUCUACACACAGAUAUCAUUGUAACUUACGCUUACAUCGGACGCCCCUUUCGUGCGGGUCUGGCGGAUGAAACAUAUACACCAAGAAAUGUACUCAUUUCCUCUUAGAAGAGUGCCUUUCACACGUUAAAAGCAAAAAAUUCUAUUACUCUCGUCGAGCGGAGAAAAACGAUAUAAUAAAACGUCUAGAAUAGUAUCGGUAGUCUCGUCGGUUACUUUAAACAUUUGUAAUAAUCAAGCACGUUUUACCGUCUAACAUUGUACAUUAAUUGCUCAAUCAGUUCCGGCACGGCACGAAAGAAUCGAUUCAACUAUAGCCGAGCAAAUGGGAGAAUUCAAAACGUUACAAUAUUCAGCUACAUUGUGUUUCCGUACAGAGCAGAGAAAUU